AUGUCGCGCGACGACGCGCGUCGACGGCGCCACCGCGCGUCGUCGCGCGUCGUCUCGACAACGGUCUACUCAAAGGCCGCGGCAUGUUUCAUCGUCGCGCUCUUCGCCGUCAUCGCGCGCGCGCAGCGACUGCCGACGUACGUGCAGCCGCCGUACUUGCAAAGCAUAUCGCCGGACACGGGGCACGUCGUGGGAGGAACGACGGUGACGAUAUACGGGGGGGGAUUCCAGAAUCACGCGGGACUGGCGGCGCGGUUCGCGUAUUACGACUCAAACACCGGGACGGCGGAGGUUGACGUGGUUCGGGCGACGUACGUCGAUUACGGCACCAUACGAGUGGUGACACCGCCGAGAAAAUUUGCGGCGAGCGUGCACGUGACGGUGACGAAUAACGGGAUUGGAUACAGCACGACGCCGUUGAAUACGGAUGACGCGGGGACGUACGCGUUGUUUGAGUACAAAUCCAACGCGCCCGCGGGAAGUUGGACGGUGAAAAACGCCACAGGGCACGCGUUCGGCGGGGCGGUGGUGGAGAUUACGAAUCCGUCGCACACGACGAGCACGAGAUCGACGGAUAAUAAUUUUCUCCCCGGGGUGCACCUGCGAUGUAGGUUUGGAAAUCCAUCAGACGCGUCGGCGACGACAAAUUUGACGAUCGGCACGGCGACGAAGACGGCGGAACAUCCAUGGUUCGGGCGUGGUGGUAAUAUCGGGUACACAGUGACGUCGAACCGCUUGAAUGGUGGUUCCGCGAUGGAAGGUCCGUCGUUUAUUUUACGACGAGGAACGACGUACACGUUUACGGUGAGUUCGACUGGACAUCCAUUUUAUUUAUCUUCUGUAGAGCCAUCCAUGUGGGAAAAAAGCAACACGCCAACGGCCACGCUCACGACGGCGACAGAUAGCGGUUCGGUGACCUUCGCGCCGGAUUCUAACACGCCAGAUUAUGUGUUUUAUCACAGCACUAGCGGAGCGUUCAUGGGCGGUAUGAUCACCGUCGUAGAUUCAGGCGCGGCAGAUUUCGAGACUGGUGCUGCCAACGCGAAUACGGUACGCGCGGAAUGGGUUUCAUACAACAAAAUCCGCUGUAUCGCCCCAACGUCGGUGAGCGCGCUGGACGACAACGCGGAUCAUGGCGGAAAUCAAGUGACAAUCUUUGUCUCAAACGACGGCGUAUCGUACCACAGCGGGCAGGGCGGCGCCGACUCGGCAACACCCACUGAUGCAGGUACUGGGUCCACGUUCACCUACUUCGGCAACACGGCGUUUACAGACGUUCCUCUGUAUUUUCUUGGGUCUGGCGCUUCGUACAGCGGAGGUGUCGCUCUUGAGUUAACGUCGUCCAAGCACGCCGUGAGCACAAUUUACGCUCAAGACGGCACGAAGGACGGCACUGCGGCGACGGCGUAUGCAAGCGCGAAAACAUCGCAUGCGACGGAAGCGUCACUCGUAGUAGGUUCUGGUAACGCGGACGACCUCGUGGUAGAGGGAACUUUUACAGGAAACGGAAUCGCGUGGUUCGAAAUCGUCAUCGACGACGCAACAAGUGGCGCUGAAACAUUUAGAUGGCGACUGCACGCGGGCGUCGGUUCGAACGUAGCCUGGGUCGAAACCGCCCGAGCAAUUCCUGUCGGUGUUUUCGGGGGCACCAUAUCCCCAUCGGGGUUAUUGAGUGACGGAAUAAGCAUUCGUUUCACGUCUUCCGGAGGCCAUCAUUUGCUCGGCGACCGCUGGAUCGUAAGAGUAUACGGUGGCAAUCCCAACGUUAUUUCCGCACGAACAACGCACGAAGAAACGACGUACGCGGCGAGAGGGCCAUUCUUUGGAAACACGGAAAUCACCAUCAUCGGUGAAUCCUUCUUUCCAUCGAAUGGUAUGUGGUGCAAGCUAUACGAUAGCGACACCACCGUCACGCAUACCGUGCCGGCGUAUUUCGACAACAUGAAACGAGUGCGAUGCAUAACGGAAAAGCAUGAGCCUCGCUCGGGUGGUGAAGUUCCAGGGACUUUUCGACCUUGCUUCUACAAGAAUAUUCAACUGAGUUUGGAUGAUAAGUCGACGUUCAGCGUGGUGAAGUCAGACGUGAAGUUUCUCUACUGCGACAUUUACGUUUCAAAAUCUGGUUCAGACGCGUACGGUGAUGGUACGCCAAACGCGCCGUACCUCACGCUGCAGCGCUCGAUUGAAGCUGCUCUCGGCGAAGCACGGUCGUAUGACAUUCGUUAUAACCUAGACGACCCCGACACGGGCAUUCGGCUUCCUUCAGAACAUCGCAACGUCAAGUUUGGCACGGCUUCAAAGAUUCCCGUCAAUAAAGGCUUUGGUUACUUUGUCAACCGCGACAAGGUGCGCGUCAAGACUGGAACGUACGCUGGAGCGGGGAACGUAGGAUUACACCCUCUCGGUAAGAUGCUCGAGGCGGAGGCGAAAGAUGGAGCCGUCACUAUCGAUUGUGGGGCUGAGGGGUACACGGGAAUGCUCGUCAACGGCGAUCGUCAUGGUACAGAAGAAGUCACGAAUUCCGGGAGCGUGUCGUUCUUUGGAAUCACUCACGUUAAUUGUUAA